UGAUGCUGGGCCAUCGUCCGUCGUUCCGUCCAUCGUAGAUUAAAAAUGAAUUAAACCGUGUAUGGACUAUAUUCAAAUGCAGCUGAAAGAUCAGGGUGGAAGAUUAAUACAAGAAAUAAUGUGCAUUUUGAUUAUGGGUCGAUGGACAGUCUGAAAAAACCGAAACGCUCCCUUUCUCUCCCGCUUGAUUUUAUUUUAUUUUCAAUCAUCUUCGCAAGGACUUCAGGUGUAAAGGUUAUUGGUCAAGAUACAACAGUCAUUAAUGGAGACAAUGCCACUUUGCUGUGUCAGCUGACUGAGACUGAUGAUAGUAUAACUCGUAUUAUAUGGAGGAAAAAGACAAGAGAAAACCCAGAAGAGAAGACCUUCUUUGCCAUUCGGCCUGGUGACAUAACUGAACACCAGAAUGGAUUGGGGGACAGAGUACAAUUCAUUGGAAAGGUUGCAGAGAAAAAUGGAUCAAUUCAGCUGCUCAGAAUGAGGCUUCUAGAUGACGGGAUCUACACAUGCGUUUUCAACUUAUUUCCCAGUGGGACAUUUGAGACGGACAUCAAUGCCUCAGUUUUUGCCAGUCCUGUGGUUGAUAUGCAAGAGGAAGCACCUGCUACUGGUAACUUAGAGGCUACAUUGGCAUCCUGUUUUGCCUCUAAUGCUUGGCCUGCUCCAGAAGUGACGUGGAGGUUAGGGGAUCUGGAAAACUCCCUGAAAACAGAAACCAACCAUACAGCGCACCCCAAUAGGACCAUUACUGUUGUGUCCUUCCUCCUUGGUGUCCCAUCAAAGCGUUUCAACAAAAAGAAUGUCCAGUGUGUGGUGAAGCACAUCACUCUAAGAGAAGACCUCGUAAUGAACUACACAAUAAACAUUCAUUAUCCUCCAGAGUCAGUAUUUAUAAUUCCUGACAGUACAACAAAGGCUAAAGAAUUCAAGUGUAUAGUGGACAGUAACCCAGAACCAAUCUACACCUGGACUAGAGUGAAUAAAAGUACUCCAUAUUUUAAAGACAACAAGCUUCCUGUCCCAGAACUGUCCCCUGACUUUAAUGGCUUAUACAUCUGUCAUGCUUCAAACCAGUAUGGCAGCUCAGCAGGUUCGCUGUAUGUGAAUGUUCAUACUGAAUCCAGCACCGUCUGUUGGAGUCUGUUUGGUACUUUCAUCAGUACUGCUCUUCUUGGUGCUGUUGGUGUUGUGAUAUUCAAAACCAAGCCGGAAUGGAUUCCGGUACCAUGGCAUUCCAAUGAUGAACAGAACCUCUAAACAUAACAGGAGGAUGGCUGUGAUGAUGAAAAUUGGAAUGGAGAGCUUUAGAGACAGUGACAGAUAUGCGUGGGCCAGCUCUCCAUCACACACCAGAUGUUCCAAAACCACACUGGAUGUGCCUUUGUCUCUAUGCAUCAUUCAAGCAAUAUACACAGGAACAUAAUGACUGUAAUAUCAAAUAUCUGGAUAUUUGCCCCUGGGCAAGGGCUUCGAUUACCUCUCUCUUUUUUAUCAUACAUACGUUUGCAUCCCUGGCAUUGGUAAUGCUAGGAUUCAGAGUAAAAUAACUGCAGACCUCAGCUAACAUGACAGGAAAUAUCAUAGGUCACACAGGACUUUGACUACAGAAGCCACCAUAAGGUAUCAGUUUAAAGUGAAAGUAAAAGAUGUGCAGGAAAGUACCUUACUUUCAAUAUCAAGGUUUAGUGAUAUCAUAUAUCAAGCUACAAAA